AUGUGCUGUUGCCGUUGCGAUCCGUAUCGGAAAAUAAACACGCAACGUGCACACAGAAAUGAAUUGAAUUUGGAAAUAUAUUUAAAAAACAAGAAGAACAAAUCCUAAAAGUGCGGUACGGCUCGAAAGAUUUGCGUACAUAAAUCGAACCACGAAAUUGGCCAAGGGAAGACGCAUAGCCGAAAAGGUGCACGACCAUGUCGGGCAGGCGGGCACAAUCCCUGCCGCCGCACAUGAUGGAGCCGGCAAAGCCGGAACGCGGACGCUGUGUGGCUGCCAUCUGUUUCUCGUGGAAGGUGCUCACCUGCGUCGUUUCCCAUGUACUGCUCGUGCUGCUUGUGGUCUCGUACUGUGUGGGCGGUGCCUAUUUGUUUCAGCAUCUCGAACGACCGCAUGAGAUUGAGGUCAAGCGGGACAUACAAAAUCUGCGCUUCAAUCUCACCGAGCGCAUUUGGCUGCUCUCCGAUGACGCGCUGGUGCUGCGCGAGAACGACUGGAUGGCGAACGUGAGCAAGCAUUUGGCCAACUUUGAGAAGCAGAUCAUGACGGCCAUCAAGGCAGACGGCUGGGAUGGCGACGAGGAUGAGCGCAAAUCCCAAUGGACCUUUGCCGGCUCACUCUUCUACUCCAUCAUAGUCAUAACCACAAUUGGCUAUGGCCACAUAUCACCGCGCACAGACUGGGGCAAGGUGACAACGAUCUUUUAUGCCAUCGUUGGGAUUCCAUUGAUGCUGCUUUGUCUGUCCAACAUUGGAGAUGUGAUGGCCACAUCGUUUCGGUUCCUCUACUGGCGCAUCUGCUGUUAUGUGUGCACCCGUUCGGCGAAGCGGCCCAGAAAUGCGCGGUCGAGGCAGAGAUCUAUGCGGAUGCGACCGCAGCGUGUUACAUCGCGAUCUCAGCCGCCGCCUUCGUUUAGGCGCUCCAUGAAGAUGACACAGCGCUCCAACAAUGACUCUGGGCUGGGACCCUCCAUGGGGCAUGCCUACUCGGAUCCGGAGCUGCGCACGCUCGGUCGCGGCUACGAUGACCGGGAUCGUGACUUUGGCGGCGGCGGAUAUCGCGGCAGUGGGAACCGUUCACGUCGCCCGCAGAUGUACCACCAGCCACUGCAGCAUGAGCCUCGCCAGCGUCAUACCAUUUACGGCGAUGAGUACGAGACGCAGACCUUGAAUCGCGCCAACCGCUACAGCAGCCGUCAGCGACAGCGGGACAGAAUGCGGGACCGACACACUGUGGAGCGUGAGCGCUAUCUGGGUCACUCCAGGACGCACAUACAUGGUUCCAUUGAUGACUUCAGCGACCUGCCCCCACCGGCGAAGCGUGCGGCCAGUGUGCGAUCUGUGCGCUCACCCCAACGCCAGGAAUCGCGCGCCUCUCGUGAACUGCAUCGUCUGCACUCAACGCCGGGUCGUGGCUCGGGUCGUGCAAAAAGUGUGGAUCCGCGGCAUGGACAUAUCUCUUCGCACUACGAAGAUGUGGAUGAGGAUGUGGUGCGCAAGACGCCCAUUAUACCCAAUCGCUAUGCGCUGGACGACGAUGACGACUUGGUAAACAGCGGGCAACAUGCCCGCAAUGCACCACGCAGCCAAUCGAUGCCCAGAUCGGCGCAUCGUCAACGCCAACGUCAGAGGGAACUAGAACGAGAGCGUUCACCGCAGCCACGGCCGCCGCCUUCGCAUCAUCAUCAUCAGCAGCAACGAUCCAAUGGGCGGCGUGCUGGCAGUCUGGGCCGUCAAUCCUCGCGCUACGGCAAUCAUCUAGAGCCGCCGGACUACGAUGCAGGGCCGCCGCAGCGACAUCGACGCGGACGCUCGCCGCGCCACGAGGACUACGUGGAGGAGAGUUUCGAUGAGUUGUCCAUGUGCGACGAUAACGAUUUGUACGAGGAUUAUCCAGUGCGUCAUGGUUCGCGUAACCGAGAGCCGCGCCGCGAGCGACGUCGCGAACGCCGCCUGCCACCCUCUCCACGCAUCAUGUCGCCCAUGGGCUUUCCCGUACAGCGUCAGAUUCGGCGACGUCCCAGCUAUGAUUACGAUGACGACGAUUCCAUGUACGGCGACGAGUAUGGCGACAGGUUCGAUCUGGUGCCCAAAGACCGGCCGGUGCCCAUUUGGCUGUGCGUCUUUCUGGUGGUCAGCUAUAUACUGGGUGGUGCCGCGCUCUUUGCCUACUGGGAGCAAUGGUCUUUCCUAGACUCGGCCUACUUCUGCUUCAUCACACUGACCACAAUUGGCUUUGGUGAUUUUGUGCCCGCCAAAGGCGUCAAGGAUGAAUCGGAGCAGUCUAUUGCCUACUGUUCUCUGUAUCUGCUCUUUGGCAUCGCGCUGCUGGCCAUGAGCUUCAAUUUGGUGCAGGAGGAGUUUAUAGCCAAUGUUAAGGAGGUGGCACGACGCCUGGGCAUACUCAAGGAUGAUGACGAUGAGCAACAGGACGACUGAGUCUCCUGGACACAGUA